AUGCAAUCAAUACUUAUUGGCAAUUUUGGUCGUGAGUACAAACGAGUCCAAGUACUCCAUUCCCAUCCCCAAAAGUCCGAAGUGGAUCUUUACCUCGCAACCUCGGACAACCAAUUCUUCGUUAUGAAACCCGUGUCGCUGUCCAUCCUUAAUCACUUACUAGAGUUCAACAAAGACUUUGGCGAUUAUCCUCACUUGCGAACCCGCGUUGACUACAACGAUAAGGAGAAUGUUUUACGUAAGACGAUUCUUAGGGAGGUCGGGUGUGGCCUAAAGGACAUGCAUGCAAAGAACUGGAUACACCUUGAUGUGAAGCCAUAUAAUAUCCUUGUUAAUUGGCACAUAGACAAACAGGGGCAAUUCCACCUCAAAAGGGUAGCGUUAGGUGAUUUGGAUCCUAGAGGCCAACUAGGAAAGGGCGUGGGCAAGCAUUCAGAGGUGUUUUCAUUCGGACUCCUUUGCUUCUAUGUUAUCACAGGCGUAGAAUGGCUCCAAGCCGACUCUGCCACGCUCAAGAUGGAACCAGAAUCAGUAAUUCUAUUCAAGUUUCUUUUGGUCUUUAGGCCUUUACUAGAUGCGCUUAUAAAACACGUCAACGAUGCCAGAUCGGAGGAGCUCUUGAAGGCUAUAUGGCAAGCCAUAUCAGAGCACGAGACUAAUGAAACUUUUGAUAGCUGGCCGUCAGACACGUUUCCCAAUCUCGAAAGCGAGGUAAAGAGGCAGAUUUUGAGGAUGAUGAAUCUCGAUCUUGCGAAAAGGGUAUCAAUGUCGGGCAUCAUGGCCGAUAUCUACUGGAACAUGAAUGACGUUAGCUGA